AUGGGCUCCAGCUCGAGGUUCGCGGACGCGUGGGGGCGGUCGCGUCCGAACCCCGCGGUCGAGGCUGAGCUCCGCGAGAAGAAGAAGGCGACGAGGAAGGAGGUGAAAGAAGCGCUCCGAGAAAUGAGCGCGGAGCGCCGCGCGGAGGACGGCGCCGCGAUCGCGUCGCGGCUGCUCGCGACGCUGCCGUGCUUCCGCGUCGGCGCGAGCGACGACGAGCGCGAGGACAAGCGCUUCGCGCUGUACGUGCCGUGCGAGAAGCUGAUGGAGGUGGACGCCACGCCGAUCAUCGACGCCGCGCUGAGGUUGCCGUACUCGCGCGUGUACGUCCCGGUCGUGGACGGCGCGGCGAACGCGGAGGACGACACGCCGCCGCGCAUGCGCUUCCUCCGCGUGACCGAUCGCGCGAAAGAUCUCGUCGCGAAGGAGCUCUUCAAGGGGGUGGAGAUCUUGGAGCCGACGGAGACGACGGCGGACGGCGCGCCGCGCGAGGACGUCAUGCACGACGACGACGAGGACGUCCCUCUGGAUUAUAUCGUCGUCCCGGGGAUGGCGUUCACGCCGAACGGCGACCGGUUGGGGCGCGGCGGCGGCUUCUACGACGCGUUCCUGACCGCGUACGACAGGCGAUGCAAAGAGAAGCAGUGGACGACGCCGACGCUGAUCGGGCUGUCGUUUACCGAGCAGAUCUUGUUGCAAGGGACGCUGCCGGUGGGUGCGCGGGACGUCGGAAUGGACGUGAUCUUCACGCCGAACAGCACGGCGACGUGCACGUCGAAGGGGAUACGGCUCGUCACGAGUUUCAAGGACCCGGAGUGA